GUCAGACAUGUGACGGACAGCGACAAACAUGGCUAUUACUAUGUGAAUCCCCAGUUGAAGCAGGGCCGAGUGCUGCUGUAUGCUGACGCUCCCGUGGAUCACCAAGCGCUGGAGGUGUCGGUGCAGCUGAGCCAUGGAAUGUUGCGCGGCCCCACCCCCGCUGAAAACGCCAUGGCGCUGUUGUUUCGUCGUCGAUGGCACUGGUUUUUCCUGGGCAUUCUGCUCUUGUGCCCACGUGUUCGAGCACAAUGCGCGGCACCGGUGGUAGAUGGUCAGAGUCUCUCUGGGUUGCUGGGCGAAAGUUUACUGGGGAAUCGGUUUGCUUGGAAAGAUAUCUCUGGGGUCCUCUUCUGCUUCGGGGGCAACUUUCAACCCUCGACCUUCACCUGCAUUGGGCUGAACUGCACGCCACCGGUGAACAUCGCCCAUGGCGCUGAGCAGGAAGGCAUACCAAACUGUCAGGAGAACUGGACCGAAGUGCCACAUGGAGACGUUUGCACUCCAAGAUGUGCGGAAGGAUUCACCCCAGAUGUUUCGGAUCUGCCCUGGGAUCCAGUGCUGCGGAAGGUCUACCUACCCUGCGUCGCGGGUGUGUUGGCCCCGAACAGCUUCACGUGUCUGGGCUCGCCCUGUCCUAUCCCGGCCUCCGGGAACCGCCCGGGGGAGAUCCCAUUUGCCAACGUGGAGCGACCUUGCUCCCUGAAACUGAACCUGCCGGGCUUUUGUGAUCCGCUCUGCCUGGACGGUUACCAUCCCAACGUGUCGCUGAUCCCAUGCUUCGCAGGGAAACUGGCGACCCUGUGGGAAUGUCUGGGUGAUCCCUGUCCGGCGCCCUCGUUGAUCCAAUAUGCAGCGCCCGUCACCUGCAAGGAGGGGCCACUGAUACAGCACGACGGCACCUGUACCCCCAACUGCGCUGAGGGGUAUGAAUCAACGGAAAGCGGCGGCCUCAGCUGUCUCACUGGACUGCUGAUCCCGCCGCGCUUCGAGUGUUUGGCGGUGAACUGCACUGCGCUACAUUGGAUCCCUGGAGCCCUGCUGCCCCUGCCGGGAUACAACAAGACGGUGGCCUAUGAAGGCAACGCCAACGAUCCCGUGAUCGUUUGGGUACCUCCAGAGUCGCGCACCUGCCAGGAGGGUCCCAGCAUCAGCAGCGGCACAACCUGCACGGCGAACUGUCAACCUGGGUACGUCCCAGAUAUUUCGUUGCUGCAGUGCCAAACUGGUAGCUUGACCCCACCCACGUAUCGCUGCAUGGGCCAGCCCUGCAUGGCUCCAAGCAAUGUGCCCGAUGCACCCAGCGUGCCAUGCGUGGAGGGAGCGUUGAUUGCGCAUGGCAGCGACUGCACACUGAUGUGCGACCUGGGAUUUGUGCCCUCGCUAUCCAACUUGAGUUGCAAUGCCACGCUAUUCGAGCCCUCCACCUUUUCCUGCAUUGGCCAGCCUUGCAGCUAUCCGACAGGGAUUCCAUUUGCUGCAUCCCCAGCCUGCUUGGAAGCACUGGAGAACUUGACUCAUGGCGCGGUUUGUACCACUCAGUGUUUGGAGGGUUACAUCCCAAGCGAAGCGUACCUGUAUUGCUAUGGAUCUUUGAUGCGGCCCAGCAGCUUCCAAUGCAUCCCCAACACCACAUAUGCCAAUUACGAGACGCCCGGUUCCCGGAUCGCAAAGGCUUGGUCCAAAAACAUGGCCACCGCAGCUUUGAGUGAUGGCUUUGUCCUGGCCUGCCACAAGGAUGACUUUAGUCAGUCCAUGCACUGCGUCAGCAUGCUUUCGGGUGCCACCCUGCUGCGGCAGGGGGACCGCAGCAGUGUGACUGCUCCGGACGUGGAGAUGUUUGUGAUGCAGCCCUUAAGUGCCAACAAGGUCAUGGCUUGCUACAAACUGGAGAUGAGCAGCACCUCCUGUCGCACUCUGGAAGUUUCCACUGAGAGCAGCAGCUUAGUUCAAAGCAGCGAAGCUCAUCUCAGCACGGGAGAUACAUACCACCUGUCACUGGCGCGUCUCAGCGAUGAGAAGGGCCUGGUGUGCUUCCAGAGCGGCUUGAGCCAGUGGAUCUGCCGCGUCGUUCGUUCCGGCGGCAUGGCGCUGGGCACGGAGCUGGUGCUGGUCGGGACGCUGGCAGACCUCACCGUGACGGUGGUGACGGUGGAGCGGGCGGUGGUCUGUGCAGCGCGGGCAGAGAGACAAACAGAGUGUCAUCUGCUGUCCGUUUCCAGCACAGAUGACUUGAGCAUUCUCAGCUCAAGUUGGGUGAGCUCCGGUGCCACCUUCCUCACGGCCGAAGUUGUCGCUGAGUCCAGCCUCGUGGUCUUAUGCUUUUCGCACUGGGCAGGUACCAGUGAGGCCAUCUGCAAGGUCUUGCAGACCACUGGGGACUCUCUGCAGGAGAUCAGCAACGUCACGGUCGACCGUGGGAUCUCCAGGUACCUCACGCUGGCCCCCGUACGCGCGGAUCGGCUACUUCUCUGUUUUGAGCGACAAGGUAAUGUCCUGGGCCUUCAGUCAACUGCUCUCCACAGCGGUCCGCCCGUGGUGGUGAAUCGAGGCAUCACGUGGAAUCUGGCAACGUCCAAGGUGGACAACGAAACGGCCCUGGUGUGCUUCAGCGAUGCCACGGUCCGCGACGCGGGGCGCUGCUGCUCCGUCUGGGCCCCGCAGCACUGGGAGAUUCUUGAGGCGCGCGCCUGCGACGCGGCCGACGGAACUAGCGAGGUGGUGGCGACCUGCUUGGCGUUUGGUAUUCGAGAUUUGCUGGGAGAUUUGUUGCAGCUCCAGUUGGACGGGAAGGCAGCCCUGCAAGUGGACUUGGGCGACGGAGCCGCUGAGCCGCUGCUUCGUGCCUCCCACGACCACCUGGCGGUGCAGCUGAAGCUGUCGGAUGCCUGGCUGGCCAGGCAGCAUGCCAGGGCUCAAGGACCUGACCUGGCCGAGGAGUCUGAGGAGUGCGAGGUGGAGCUAUGCUGUCGAGCCUGUAGGGCUCCCUUGCUGCGUGAGCGCAGUGCUGAGGAGGGGCCUUUGCAAGCGCUGCAUUUGCCGACUGACCUAUGGCAAGCAUGUGCAGAGGUGGUUGCGUGCGAAGAGUGCAUGCCACUGGGCCAAGGUCAUCUCCGCGCGGAGCCGGGAAGGCUCUUCGUGUCUUGUCAAAGCCUGCUGGCGGCGCGAGGAGAUCUCUCGAUGACCCUGGUGCCAUCUGAAGGUCUGCUGCGCUGCAGCUGCGGCGCAGUGGUUGGAGAGGCCGAUGGCAUCAGGACCUCGAGACGCCCUGGCAAAGUGGCUCGCAAGCUCUGCAGCUGGGGACAUGUUUGUCGCAGCGCUGGGGUGUUGCUUUACAAGCACCGUGCAUCCAUGCCCUUAAGAGCCCGAGAUGCCUUGGCGGACUAUACUGAGGAAGCCUCCGUGCUAGCGCAUCUACUGACCUUGCGCAUCAGCGAGGGGCAAUCGCGAUUUGUGGUGCUUCCAAGUCAUCCGUCCGCAGGGUCUCUGAGGGACGGCCCGGCAUUCAGCAUUUCGGAGGCCCUGGAAGUUCGCUUGGUGCUGCCAGAGCUUCUCUUGCUUCGAGGGGACCAGGUGCAGUUGGCCUCCAAGGUUCUGUUUCGAGAAUGCAGAUGUGCAGCUUUGCCCGAACUAACUCAAGUUGUGGUGCCUCAGGAGGCUUUCGAGGCCUUGUGCUCCAGCUUGGACUCUUGGGUGCAGAGGCUGCCUCCCUCACUGACGGCUGCCCCCGGAGCGGAAUGGCAGUGCAGCUAUUUACCUCGCCCGCCAGAGUUGUAA